UUCUCUGGCGAGAGCGACUCGCGAGCUUUUUCCAGCUGUUCCAUGCCGUCAGGCCCUCAAAAGCGUUCUAACAACCGCCAGGAGCGGUCGCGAUUCUCGGUUGGCUUAUCGGUUCUACGUGCGCAUCUCGCGUAGCAGAUAAGGGAUUUUCCCGCAACUAAAGCAUCCUCAGCAAAAUGACAACUGCCGAAUUACAUGGUUCCUAUGGAGGCCUCUACUUCGGCUUCUGCACACUGAUCUCACAUGUGCUUCUGGCGGGGAUCACCGCAGCCAUUGUUUACAAGUGUCUUGUGCUCAAAUUGGUGCACACCGCCGGACAUGCCUUCUACUGCACAAUCGCCUUUGUGUUUUUCAUGGGUGAGGCACUGCUGGUCCGGAAUAGCGCAUAUCUGGAGUCCUCGUUGGGUCCUUUGAACCUCAACCGCCUGCACGCCGUCCUGGGGCUUUUGGCGUUCCUGGUCGGAGUUGGCGGAAUCGGAAUCAAGACAUGGCAGAAGCUGGAGCGCAAACGGGAAGAUCCCAAUGCCACUGUUCGCCACUUUAAGAGCAACCAUGCUUUUUACGGUAUAAUCGGCUGUGCUCUUCUGCUGGGUAGCGUUCUGAGCGGUCUUCCGCUGUAUUUCAUCAACGGUGGCUUCACCUUAAAAAUGCUUCAUCGAUUUUUCGGAUUGGUCGGAUUCCUCACUCUAAUGGUAUCUCAAAUGUUUGGAUAUAACACGGGAUUUGGCCGGCGACAGUGGAAGGCACACCACCAGAAACUCUUCAAAUUUUUUACAUUUAUUGCCACCAUUACGACAGCAAAUUACGAGUUUCGGAGAUUUGUACGAGAUGUUGCUGGCUUGGCGACUUAUUAUUUUAUUGGACCAGAUGCAGCAGAAGCUAGAGAAGAUCUUUGAGGCUCUUUCAACCAGCGAGUUUUAUCACAAUGGAACAUGAAUACUUCAGGCUGUUUCCGAAUCCAAUUUCGAAACACAGUAUUGCGGAUUUUUGUAUCACUCAAAAAUAUUUCAAGUGCUUUGCGGAUCAGAGCUCUGAAUUUUGUUUAUAAAAAGUCCACAACCGAUUGAUACUAUACGUAUUAACAUUUUAUAUAAUUUGAGGCUUUUGUUGGCUGUCAAUCUUACUCUACUUAUCUAA